GAAAGCAAAUUGGGAAAUUAGAGGGCACUUGGGAUUGUUCUUGUGUGCUCUUCUUCAUCUGAAGGUCCCCUAAUUCUUGGUUCGACCCCCUUCCGUCUUCUUCUUCUCUCUUCCAUCACAAUGUACGGCGGACCAUCCAAGCUCGGCCGACCUGGCGGCGGUGCCGGCCGUGGACACGCAGGAAAGCGCCCCCACUCCUCUUUUCCUCUACCACCUUCUCACCGCCCCUCCGGCCGUCUCUCCCUUGGCGGUGGUGCCGCUGGUUCUGUCUCCAAUCCUCGGAAUCGAACCACCACCGCAACCACAUCCGAAGCCUCUCAAUCCGCCGAGGAGAAUUUCAGUCUCGUUACUGGUAACAACCCCUUGGCUUUUGGUAUGAUUAUUCGGUUGGCUCCGGAUUUGAUCGAUGAGAUCAAGCGGGUUGAGGCGCAAGGCGGGACUCCGAGGAUUAAGUUUGAUGCCAACGCCAAUAAUUCUAGUGGUAAUGUCAUUGAUGUUGGUGGGAAAGAGUUUAGGUUCACAUGGUCACGUGAACGUGGUGAUAGUUGUGAAAUAUAUGAAGAACGCAAAAGUGGAGAAGAUGGAAGUGGUUUACUCAUUGAAUCAGGGAAUUGUUGGAGAAAACUGAAUGUGCACCGUGUCUUGGAUGAAUCAACUACAAACCAUGUUAAGAAGUUGUCUGAAGAAGCUGAACGUAAAUCUAAGUCUCGUAGAGCUAUCGUUUUAGAACCUGGGAAUCCAUCAAUGAAGAAUCAAAUAAAGCAAUUGGCUGCUGCCGAAGCUAAUCCGUGGAGGCAUUUUAAGAAUAAGAAAGAGCCUCCCUUUAAAAAGCAGAAAAACGAAUUGUCUCAAGUUGGGCCUCCAAAAUCUACAUAUAAACCUGGUAUGCCAUCGUUACCUGCUUCUAAGGAUAGGCUAUCAUCUUCACCUAUUCCGUUGCCACCUGAGCAAUUCGGUGCUCCAGUAUCUCAAUUUGGGUCUGCAAACACCAGUAAGACCCAUGUUAUUGCAGAAGAUAUUAGACCUCGAGUACCUGCUAAGAUUAAUCCUGCUGCUAGCAACGAGAAGGAAAUCCCGACCAUAGCUCCAAAAGGAGUACUUGAAACACCAGGACAGGAAGGGAAUAGUGGAACUAAACCAACAGACUUGCAAGGAAUGUUGUAUAAUUUACUUUUGGAGAAUCCCAAGGGGAUGAGUUUGAAGGCCUUGGAGAAAGCUGUUGGCGAUAAAAUCCCAAAUGCGGUGAAAAAGAUUGAGCCAAUCAUUAAAAAAAUUGCAACCUACCAAGCUCCAGGGAGAUAUCUUUUGAAAUCAGGAGUUGGGUUGGAAGGCUCUAAAAAACCUACAUCGGAAGGUGAAAGCUCUCCUUUGAUCAGCCAUCACCAAACCUCUGUACAUGAAGACCUCCCUGAUCAAACAAAUGCUCCAGAAUUGCAGUUAGAAGCAAGAUGUGGCAUGGAUUUGGAGGAAAAGGUAGAAACCUCUCAAGCUAACAAAGAAUCAAAUUUCUUGGAGACAAAUGGCAUCCAACAGCCUGAUCCUUUUGCUGAGAAAAAAAGUUCCGAAAAUAGUGAAGGCCAGGCAGCUAGUUCUUCUGACAACGAAAGUGACAGUGAUUCUGAUAGUGAUAGUAGUGAUAGUGGAAGCGAUAGUGGGAAUCAUAGUAGGAGUAGAAGCCGAAGCCCUGUGGGUAGUGGGAGUGGGAGUAGCAGUGAUAGUGAAAGUGAUGGGCCUUCCAAUAGCCAGGAGGGUUCUGAUGUGGACGUGGAUAUCAUGACCAGUGACGAUGACAAAGAAUCCAAGCAGAAAUUGCAAGCUUCUGUGCAGGGUUUCUCUACAUCCCCUGCUGCUUGGAAAAGUCCAGAUGGUGGGCCUGUGCAGAUUAUAGAUGAUGAGAAGGAAGACGGACAAGAAUAUGAUGCAAUUGAUAUUGAGAAAGAUUCUUCUGAUGAUGAGCCAGAUGCUAAAAUUGAUGGUCGUAGUUUACUUCCUACUGAAGAAGGUGUAAGACCCGUGGAAGAACCAAGAUCCUUUUCACCAUACCCUGAUGAAUUCCAAGAGCGCCAAAAUUUUAUUGGGAGUUUGUUUGAGGAUAGGGAAAAUAAUGUUGUGGACAGUGCCAGGCAUGAACAAUCUGACAGCACAGGUCGAAUAUCUAAAGGCAAAUCUAAAAGAAGUUCUGAUCUGGAGUGCUUAGAAGAGAAAUCUGAUCAUACCAAGAGAUUAAAAUCUGAAAGCUUAGCCCAACAACCAGUUUCUGGUAAUUGGGGAGUCCAAUUACAGAGUCCUCGCAAUUUAUCUCCUAGUAAACUCAAUAGAGAUUCUGUCAGAAAUCUUACAAGUCAAGUUACUAAUAAAGGGGAAAUUAAAGGCAAUUCUGACUUUAGACCAAAAAAGGGAAACAAAGAAACAGUUUCAGAAAAAAAUAGUUCAGAUGUUUCACAAGCAGGUUGGAGGCCUCAUGACCAAAGUGGAGUGAGGGCUGUAGAUACAGCUACCAGAGCCGACAAGCAUGGUGAUAUUGGGCGUGGCACUAAACACACUGAAAAGAGUGGCCAUGCUAAUGAAAAUUUUCAUGUGUUCAAAGAUACAUUUUAUGGAAACCCUGAUAAUGAAGGGACAAAGGAGAAAAAGGUGUCAAAAAAUUCUAGAUCAGGUGGGCCAGGGGACAAACAGAUACAACCUUUGGACUCCCAUCACAGUAAACCUGGUGAAAUAGUUGGUAAAUUCAAAGAUGGCCAAACAUUUUCAAGCUCACAGAUGGGGUAUUCACCAAGGGAUAAUAAUAAUAGAGUUAGUGCCAACAGGUCCCCAGUUAAUGGAAAAGGUCGAAUUCUACAAAGAGAGCCUUCAGACCUGGAGUUAGGUGAACUUCGGGAGCCUUUCCACGAGGAAGCACGGGGUAAAAAGAAAUUUGAAAGAAACAAUUCGUUGAAACAGUUGGAGAAUAAAGAAAACACUACAGAUAUCUGGGGUUCAGAUUUAAAUAAAGGAAAAUCUAAUUUGAAGGCUAGUUUAGAAUAUGGAAAGCGGUCGUCACCCCAUGUAAGUACUAAGUUUCCCAGCAAUCCGGAAGGCUCAAAUAAAAAGAAAAAUUCAGAACAUAUAGUUGAAGAUUCUAACAGGAUUAACAACCGGUCUUUGCUCUCUCAUUCACAAUAUAAUUCAAGAAUAGAUCAUGCUGAAGUCGACAAGUCAGCUGAUGGAAAUGUAAAACCUAAUCAAGGGAAUGGUCCAGAAGGCUAUGUGGAAAGCAACAGAAAAGCUUCUGUUGGCAUUUCCCAGCUGAAUGAUACAAAAAGAGAACAGCCUCCCUCAAAAAAAGGAAGUAAAAGACAAGCACCUAAUCCAAUAACCGAAGUUACUGAUGGACUUAAAAACCCAGUAUCAGCUGAGCGUGAAAAUAGCGAUCCAAAGAGACGAGAUUCCUCUUCAGACGAAAAUAGUUGUUCAUAUUCCAAGUAUGAAAAGGAUGAGCCAGAGUUGAAGGGAGCAAUCAAGGAUUUUUCUCAGUACAAGGAAUAUGUACAGGAGUAUCAUGAUAAAUAUGAAUCAUACCUAUCUUUGAACAAAAUCCUAGAAAGCUACAGGACUGAGUUCUGCAAACUCGGGAAGGAACUUGAUUCUGCUAGAGGACAAGAUUCGGAGAAAUACUUUAAUGUCUUAGGACAGUUGAAAGAAUCCUAUCGGCUGUGUUCAACGAGGCACAAGAGAUUGAAAAAAAUAUUCAUUGUUCUCCACGAAGAGCUGAAGCAUAUAAAGGAAAGGAUUAGAGAUUUUGUACAAACAUAUGCAAAAGAUUAAGACUAGAUGUGCCUCUCCUUCGAGCCAUCGAGCAUCCUUUAGACAAGCAUUUUCAACUCGAGGUAGGUUAUUAAAAGGUUGAGGUGGAUGCAAGAACUGCAUCCACGAAUUCCGGUGUAUAGAAAAUUAGUCAAUUUCUUGCUACCCAAUAGUGUGGGAAGGUGUACAUUUUUUUUGAUCUCUCCCUCUUUUAAAAUGCCGAUUUCAUUUGUUUAGCUAAGUAGAGAGGUUGGACUUUUAUUUUAGUUUAGCCUGACCUCUUCCUGUAUAGACUUGCGAGGCUUAUUUUGAAGUUUGGAUAUAAUCUAUAUUUUAUAGGUUGUACAAAUUUUGAAGGUGUAAAAAUUAUGUUCCUUAUAACUGUGAAUAUGUGCUAAUGUCAUCGUUGAUUGUGGCAAUCAUUAAAGAGGAUUCUGUA